UGCGGCGGGGCCACGGCGGCGGCCGCCGACAUCCCGGUGCGACCCGCCCGCCCUUCCCCGCUAUGGUGCGUUGGCUCGGGACUUAGCAUCCUGCCCGCUCUGCGAGCCGGCAGCCGUCAGCCGAGAGGCGUCGGUUACCGUGAGAGACGCUGCUUCCAGCGGCGGGUGGCCCGGGCACGGCAGCAGGGAUGAGGCGCCCGCUGCUGCCGCUGACCUGUUGAAAGACACCGGCUUGUCGGGGUUUCCUUUGCCUUUUUUUUUUUUUCUUUCUAAUUUUCCGUCUCGACGGGGGAAGUUUGCUCCCCAGAUUGUGGCUUGGCUUCCUCCACACCCUUUCCUCCUCCUCUUCCUCCUUUUUUCCUGGAUCCGCUGCCUGAGGCCAAAAGUGAUUUUUCUCGUAACCUCUUUCCUCAGCCCCAGGCUUCUGGAGCUGGGGACACCCUUCUCCUCCCGCAAGAGCUGCCCGCGGGGCCCAUUCCACAGCCGAGGCUGUGGGGCGGCCCCCGGGGAAGGCUGUAGCCCUUUGGAGGGGUCUUGUCUCCGCGGGUGUCCCCGGGCUGCCGGGCCGCUACCAUGUCGAAAGUGUCGACGGAAAGUUGCGGGGCAGCGCCAGCUGAGGACUUGUCCAAGGUGUCGGACGAGGAGCUGCUGAAGUGGAGCAAGGAGGAGCUGAUCCGCAGCCUCCGCCGCGCCGAGGCCGAGAAGAUGAGCGCGAUGCUGGAUCACAGCAACCUCAUCCGGGAGGUCAACCGCCGCCUCCAGCUACACCUUGGCGAGAUCCGCGGCUUGAAGGAUAUCAACCAAAAGCUACAGGAAGAUAACCAAGAACUGAGAGACCUUUGCUGCUUUCUGGAUGAUGACAGGCAGAAAGGCAAGAAGGUGUCCCGUGAAUGGCAGAGACUGGGCAGAUACAGCGCUAGUGUUAUGCACAAAGAGGUUGCCUUAUACUUACAGAAGCUGAAAGAACUGGAGGUGAGACAAGAAGAAGUGGUUAAAGAAAACUUGGAGCUGAAAGAAUUGUGUGUGUUGCUGGAUGAGGAGAAAAGUGGUGGAGCUGGCAGCCGGAGCUCUAUUGACAGCCAAAUCAGCUUGUGCCAGUUAACCACCACCAGUACUUACAUAAGAGAUGUUGGUGAUGGGAGUAGCACUUCUAGCACAGGAAGUACUGACAGUCCAGACCAUCAUAAACACCAUCCAAGUACUAGUCCAGAACAUCUUCAAAAGCCUCGGGGUGAAGGGAGCCCUGAGCACCAGAAACGCAGGAGUAUCAGCCCGGAACACCUGCAGAAGCCUCGUAGUUCGGGAAGUCCUGAUCAUCAUCUGAAAGGACCAAGUCCAGAACAUCACAAAGCCAUUGUCAAAGCACCUGAACAACAGAAGCACAGCAGCAGCAGUCCAGAAACUAUCCCAAAGCAUGUUUUGAGUAGUAGCCCUGAACACUUUCAGAAGCAGAGGCCUGGCAGUAGCCCUGAGCAUCAAAAGCAUGGCAGUGGCAGCCCAGAUCAUCUUCAAAAGCACACACUGAGCGGAAGUACAGAACAUCUCCACAAAGUGAGGGGUACAAGCCCUGAGCAUCUUAAACAGCACUAUGGAGGGAGCCCAGAGCAUCUCAAGCAUCUCAGUGGAAGCAGCAGAGAAGGUACCCUAAGGAGACAAGUAACAGAUGACCUGUCGCCUCACCACAGAAGUGUAUACAAUGGAAUGAAUGAAUCAACCUUGUCCUAUGUUAGGCAGCUGGAGGCAAGAGUAAGACAGCUGGAGGAGGAAAAUCGCAUGCUGCCCCAGGAUCCCAUUAGGAUGCCAGGAGGGGCGGAGGGGAGUUACUGCUCUGCAAACGAGCCAGCUAGCAUCAGUGGACAUGGCUCAGCUUCUCAGCAGUCUGACUCAGUGGUAAAUGCUCUGAAGGUCUUGGAAGCUCAGGAAAAUAUAAAUCAGCAUGCUGUUAAAGACUCUUGCCAUUGCCUUAAUGAGAUAGAAAAAGCCAUGGCUGGAGAAAUGUGCCAUGUUGUGUGGAGGAAACUUGGAGAUGCUGCCGGGUCGUGCCCUGGAAUUAGACAACAUUUGUCAGGAAAUCAGUAUAAAGGACCUAUGUAGAAGGGCCUGAGCAAGUCUUCUCUCUCAAGAGAAAGAAUUUGAACUGCUGCUGAGAGACAACUGAUUGUAUCCACAGCAACUUUGCAGCUGAUGACAAGGUGUCUGUAUGCACUACAAAAGACUUCCCUUGGGAACUAGCAGAGAUUCUGCACAGAUGUCUUUAGGAGCCAUGUUGUCAGGGUCCUCCAGAAACUGCUCUUCUGGUGUACUGGCUACUGAAGCAUUGCCACUGCAUCGACGUUCAAACACACCUCGUUUAGAAGCACUGAGAUAUUUCCAUCCUGACUAAAAGAUAAUUGGGAAUCUGCAGGAGUUACGUGAAAUAAGUUCUCUUUUGAUGAGUUGCAGUGAAUCUCAAGUAAGUCUGAAGGAUCCACUGGAUUUAACAGAGGCUAUUCACCAGGCUGGAGAGAUGUUGAUAAACUGUGCCUUUGGUCUCUGCAGUUUUGAGAAAGUCACUUCUUAGUAACUCACCCUUCAGUCUGUAAAAUACUGGUUAAUGGUGCUUAGGCGAUUCUCAGAUUAUUUUUUGCUUUGGAGGUGCUUGAAGAUCAUAAAGUCUCCUAACCAGCCAGUAGUGUAGCAUAACUACAGUGCUUGUAGUGAAACACAAUUUCUUUCUAAAUGAAAGUAAAGAUAACUCUCUCUUCAAUUCACUUUGCACAUCUUCUGAAGACAUGUACAGUGUUCACAACCCUCUCAUGAACAGAACACUUAGAUGUCACUAUUAACAGGUCUCAGAUCAGAAUUUCGAUCAGAGUUUUAUUUAGAAGAGUAUUUUCCAAUUGUCAGGACACUAAUUUCUACUGUUUAAUUUAGAGACAUGCUGAUUUAUUUAGCAGAAGUCUAUAAGGAUCUAAAAGACUGCAGUGCAUUAUAAAAAAGCUUUUCUUGCCACAGUAGCAUUCUUUAAAAGAAGGAGGUUUUAUUAUACUCAGAAUUGUCUUUCAUUAUUAUGAGACAGAAAGCUCUUGUUCAGAUUGCCUGACCAGAUGGCGCCCUAGAUGUGCUUAGUUUAUUUUUAUCUAUAUGUAUGAUACUAGUUGUGUGUAUUGAACUGCAAUGAUAGGUAUUUUGUGUAUCUCUAAAAGCAAUGAUAGUUUCAUGUAUGAAUGUGCAACAGGCUUGUGAAUGAAUGCUGUUGCUUAACUUUUUACCAUAGCUAAAAAUCAAGAGGACAAAUGAAAGUUUGAAAAAAAAAAUUAAAAUAGGAAUGCAACAGUUCCUGGGUUUCUGGUUUGUUCUUGGUUAUUAUGAUUUGAACUGAAGUCAGAGCCUCUGUUUUCUCUGAGCUUGCAACAUGCUGUUUGCAGUGGAAUGUAGCUCGGUUGCUGUACAAUCUUUUGUUAUAAAGGAGCGUGAUGUAAAUCUGCUAAGUGUCUUCAGAAAAAGUGUGUUAAUUUGCAGCAGUAGUUAUACUGGUUUCUGUUGUUAUUUUGACUUGGUACUAUUCAACCUAAGGCCUCUGAUCCAGCAUUGCUUUCUUGGUCAAAAUCUCCAGUUCAUUCUUUCUCAUUGAGUUGGACAUGAAGAAUCUGGCCUUCCUUUUGGAGCACUGCACUCUGGCAUAAUUUCUUAGCUUUAACCCAGGCAGUUGUCUGCUAUUUUACAUGUUGUUUUCUCCCAUCAUCUUGUUGGCAUAGUUAAUUCAAUUGUUAUAUUCCUAUAUAUCUAUAUAAAUGUAUGAAAAGUGGUGAAAGAUGUACUAGUGCCUGCAAUAUGUAUGUGCAAGGCUAAUUUGAGGGACACUGGUCUUUUGACAGUACACUUGUGUAAAUUUUGAUACUGUAUUAAAACUAUUUUUUUACAGUUCUGCAUACAAGAUUGGGUAUCAGGUAUCUGUGUUCAUCUUAGUAGCAGUAAUAAAUUAUAAUAUCUCA